AUGGAUGAGCAGACCCAGGGCGACGAGCUCUACCCCAUUGCCGUCCUCAUCGACGAGCUGAAGCAUGACGAUGUACUGCUCCGACUCAAUGCCAUCCGGCGACUCUCCACCAUCGCCUUGGCAUUGGGUCCGGAGCGCACACGCGACGAGCUCAUACCCUUCCUAGACGAGUCGGUGGAAGACGAGGAUGAGGUGCUCACCGCGCUCAGUGACGAGCUGGGAGGCUUCGUGGACUACGUCGGCGGCCCCGAGUAUGGGCACGUGCUCCUGUCUCCGCUGGAGAAUCUGGCCACCAUCGAGGAGCCACUCGUGCGCGACAAGGCCGUCGAGUCCCUCAACAAGAUCUGCGAGCAGCUCUCCCAACAACAAGUCGAGCAAUACUUCAUCCCCCUCACCGUCCGCCUGUCGAAAGCCGACUGGUUCACAUCCAAGAUCUCCGCGGCAGGACUCUACACCACCCCCUACCAGCACGCCACCCCGCAAUCACAAGAAGGCCUGCGACAGCAGUUCGCGCAACUCGUCCACGACGACACCCCCAUGGUGCGGAGACAGGCCGCCACCAACUUGGCCAAGUUCGUCAAGUACAUGCCCGCGGCGAUUGUCGUCGAGGAGAUGAUCCCCUUGUUCCAACAUCUCGCCGCCGACGACCAGGACAGCGUGCGGUUGUUGACCGUCGACGUGCUGAUCGCCAUCGCCGAGGCGGUGCCCAAGGAGCAACAGAGCAGUCAUGGCGUGCUCCUGACCGCGCUGAGGAGUCUGUUCGAGGAUAAGAGCUGGCGGGUGCGGUACAUGGUUGCCGACCGGUUCGAGAAGAUUGCCAAGGCCGUGGAUGAGGAAGUGGUGGCGCGCGAUCUCGUGCCGGCCUUUGUCAAGCUACUCAAGGAUACGGAAGCGGAGGUCAGGAGCGCCAUUGCCGGGCAGAUACCGGGCUUCUGCCAUCUAGUCACCCGCCAAGCCCUCCUCCACGACAUCAUGCCCGCCAUCGAAGACCUCGUCACCGACUCCUCCCAACACGUCCGCGCCGCCUUCGGCACCCAAAUCUCCGGCCUCGCGCCCAUCCUCGGCAAGCAAGAAACCACCGAACACCUCCUCCCCAUGUUCCUGCAAAUGCUGAAGGACGACUUCCCCGACGUGCGUCUCAACAUCAUCUCGAAACUCGAACAAGUCAACAACGUCAUCGGCAUCGACCUGCUCUCCCAAUCCCUCUUACCGGCCAUCGUGCAACUGGCCGAGGACAAGCAGUGGCGCGUCCGACUGGCCAUUAUCCAGUACGUCCCGCUACUGGCGAGCCAAUUGGGGGUGGGCUUCUUCGAUGAGAAGCUGAGUAAUCUGUGCAUGUCGUGGUUGGGGGAUACGGUGUUUAGCAUCCGCGAGGCGAGCACGCAGAACCUGAAGAAGUUGACGGAGGUGUUUGGCGUGGAGUGGGCGAGUGGGGCCAUUGUGCCGAAAGUCGCGGCCAUGGCGGAGCACCCUAACUACCUCUAUCGGAUGACGACGUGCUUUGCUGUGUCGACCCUCGCCCCAGCCCUGACGUUACCAACACUCACCCGCUCCGUCCUCCCCAUCCUGCACGCCCUCGUCGAGGACCCCAUCCCGAACAUCCGCUUCAACGUCGCCAAAUCCUACGCCGUGCUGAUCGACAUCUUCAAACGACUCCCCGACGACAACACCACGCUUAUGCAACUCGAGGCGCAGCAGGGAGGUGCGGGUGCUGGUGCGGGGGGAAAGGCGGGAGGGACGGCGAAGGGGGAGGAGGUGGUGCGGGGGGAGAUCAUGCCGCCGUUGGAGAAGUUGAUGGGGGAUGAGGAUGUGGAUGUCCGGUUUUUCGCUACCGUGGCGGGGAGGAGUUGGAGUGAGGGAGUUGGGGUUGGGGGGAGGAUGGAGGGGUAG